AUGACUACCGCUGUGAUGAUGGAUUACGAUUUCAAGAUGAAAACCCAACAAGAACGGGCCAAAGUAGAGGACCUGUUCGAAUACGAAGGCUGCAAGGUAGGUCGGGGAACAUACGGACACGUGUACAAAGCACGACGUAAAGAAGGCAACGAUUCAAAGGAUUAUGCGCUCAAGCAGAUCGAAGGGACCGGACUAUCGAUGUCCGCUUGUCGUGAGAUUGCGCUGCUUCGGGAAUUGAAGCACCCCAAUGUAAUAAAUCUCAUCCGAGUGUUCCUAUCGCAUACGGAUCGCAAAGUGUGGCUACUGUUUGACUACGCCGAACAUGAUUUGUGGCACAUUAUCAAGUUUCAUCGGGCGGCCAAGGCAACGAAGAAGCCGGUGAUGGUUCCGAAAGGAAUGGUUAAGAGUUUACUGUAUCAAAUAUUAGAUGGCAUCCAUUAUCUUCAUAGUAAUUGGGUUUUGCACCGAGAUCUGAAACCGGCUAAUAUCCUCGUGAUGGGUGAAGGCAAUGAACGUGGUCGCGUAAAGAUUGCUGACAUGGGUUUUGCGCGUCUAUUUAAUGCCCCAUUGAAACCGCUUGCCGAUCUCGAUCCGGUCGUUGUAACCUUUUGGUACCGUGCACCAGAACUGCUGUUAGGCGCUCGCCACUACACAAAAGCUAUCGAUAUCUGGGCAAUUGGAUGUAUUUUUGCCGAGCUACUCACAUCGGAGCCGAUCUUUCACUGUCGACAAGAGGACAUCAAGACGAGCAAUCCGUACCAUCACGACCAGCUGGAUCGAAUUUUCAAUGUGAUGGGCUUUCCGCAGGACAAAGAUUGGGAGGAUAUUCGAAAGAUGCCUGAGCAUCACACGCUUACGAAAGAUUUUAAGCGCUCGAACUACGCAAGCUGCUCCCUAGUGAAGUAUAUGGAGCGGCAUAAGAUCAAACCGGAUAGCAAAGCAUUUCAUCUGUUGCAAAAGUUACUGCUGAUGGAUCCGAACAAACGCAUUACCUCAGAACAGGCAAUGCAGGAUCCAUAUUUUUCGGAGGAUCCCAUGCCGACAGCCGAUGUUUUCGCCGGGUGCCCCAUACCGUACCCGAAGCGUGAGUUCCUCACCGAUGAAGACCAGGACGAUAAAGGCGAAAAACGACAACAGCAACAGCAGCAACAACAACAACAACAACAACAGCAGCAGCAACAACAACAACAGCAAAAUAAUCAGCAGCAGCAAGCUAACCAACAGCAGAAUCAACAGGGAAAUCAACAGCAGCAGCAAAAUCCUCAACAGCAGUCUCAGCAACAACAACAGCAGCCCGGGAAUCAAAUGCAACAAGGUGGAGGUGGUGGCGGUGCUGGUCAAGGUGGAGGAGGGAUGGAUCAUAAUAAUGCCAAACGUGUCCGGCUAUCCGGUCCUAACGGACACCCGAAUAACCCACAGGGCGGGAUGACGCAACAGGAGUACCACCAGCAACAGCAGCAGCAGCAAAAUCAGCAACAACAGCAGCAACAGCAACAAAAUCAAAUGAUGUUUAACAAUGCUCAACAAGGUGGUUUCCAGCAACGGUAUUAA